UUUAAGUGUUGCUCACAGCUUAAAUUCUCUGUGUAAGUCCCAUUAGUUGCGUCCGAAUUUGGGUUGGAGGAGUUGGGAGGAGGAGUUCCAAAAUGUCACAGCCACAGCUGCCACGUCUUUCGGUGGUCAGCGAUCCAACCAGCAUUGAUCAGAUCAUCCUAAGCAUUAUCGAGGUACGGCGAGUGAAGCAACUGCAUCUCACUGAAUCGGAUAUACGAGCGCUGUGCGUACGAUGUCGAGAUGUCUUUUUGGGGCAACCCAUGCUGCUGGAGCUAUCGGCGCCAAUAAAGAUCUGUGGGGAUUUGCAUGGACAGUUUACGGAUUUGUUGCGGAUGUUCGAUUAUGGAGGUUAUCCGCCCGCCUCGAAUUAUCUUUUCCUAGGCGAUUAUGUGGAUCGGGGCAAGCAAUCGAUUGAGACGCUCUGCCUCCUGCUGGCCUACAAAAUCAAGUUUCCACAAAACUUUUUUGUGCUUCGCGGCAAUCAUGAGAGCGCUGGCAUCAAUCGCAUCUACGGUUUUUACGACGAGUGCAAGCGUCGUUAUACCAUCAAAUUGUGGCGCACCUUUGUCGAUUGCUACAAUUGCAUGCCAGUUGCAGCGAUUGUGGAUACGAAAAUAUUUUGUUGCCAUGGUGGACUCAGCCCGGAGCUGAACAAUAUGUCGCAAAUUAAUAAGUUGAUACGUCCGUGCGAGGUGCCCGACAAGGGUCUGCUCUGCGAUCUGUUAUGGGCUGAUCCGGAUCCCAAGGUCCUUGGCUGGAGCGAUAAUGAUCGUGGUGUGAGUGUCACCUUCGGUGCGGAUACGGUUGGCAAGUUUGUCCAUCGCUUCAAAUUUGAUCUGAUCUGUCGUGCCCAUCAGGUCGUUGAGGAUGGCUACGAAUUCUUUGCCAAACGCCAACUAAUCACAAUCUUUUCGGCUCCCAACUAUUGUGGAGAGUUUGAUAAUGCCGGGGCAAUGAUGUCUGUCGAUGAUACCUUGAUGUGUUCUUUUUUCGUUCUCAAGCCAGCCAAGAAGGUUGGUCUACGCAAAGUGCAGAACAAGGGCUCUGUAUAAAGCAUCUUUCGAUGCUGAAUGCGUAAAAUGCAAUUCGUCAGAAUUGUGUUGCCAAUAAUCUUGGGUUUUCUUACAAUUUUUGCUCAAAAAAAUUUAUUUUUGCCUGUUGCUCACCUACAUCGAUCUGUGUCUUAGUGUGUAAACAAUUAUAAACACGUAUUUUGGGCGAAAAUAAAUAAGUUU